AUGCUCCUUGAGAAAGACAGCAUGGAUAAAGUCGCUGGAGACAAGGAGACGGCCGAGGACGGCUACCUGCGAAGCUUUUCAAGAGACAUUGCCCCGGGUGCCUCUCCGGGACAAGGAUUGGAUUCCCUCAACAUGGAAGCAGUCAAGCACUUCGCCGCCGCCUUUGACAGGCGGGCCAACAAAGGACCAAGCACGGUCAAUCUAUAUGAGUGGCUCCGCCAUGAGAUAUUUGCCUCUACGAUGGAGGCGACUUAUGGGCCACACAACCCGUUCAGGGACGCUCAGAACGAAGACGCAUGGCUCGAAGUCGAACGAAGUCUCAAGGCAUGCCGCGCAUUGAUUACGGAGUUUGAUCGAUACUUCAACGACAAGGGCCACCUUGAUGGGUCGCUGUUUGUCCAGCUACGAGAGAAGCACAAUGCGGCCUUCGGUCUCGACACCAGGGAGACAGCGCACACGGAAAUUGGCCAGGUGACAGCUGCAAUUGUGAACACUGCGCCUACAGCAUUCUGGCUCGUUUGGCAAGUCCUUACAGAUCCUGUUGUCGCCAAGGACUGCCGAGAAGAGGUCAAUCGGCUGGUAACAGUCAGUGCUGAUGGCACUCAUACCAUUGACCUCGCAGACGUCAUGACAGCUUGUCCUAUCCUUGUGUCAACAUGGCAGGAGGUCUUGCGAUUCCACGGCAUCAGUAUAGCAGCGCGUGUGAUCAAAGAGGACACGUUGGUAGACAGCCAGUAUCUGCUAAAGAAGGGCGGCCUCGUCAUGAUUCCAAACGCUGUGAUCCACAGCGACCCAACUCUGUGGGGACCAACAGUUGGACAAUUCAACCACCGUCGCUUCCUCAAAGGCGGGAAGAACGCGGAGUCUCGGUUUCCAGCAGCUGCUUUCCGCGGCUUCGGCGGUGGUCAGGUCUUGUGUCCUGGCCGUCACUUUGCCAGCACAGAGGUCUUGGCCCUGCUGGCGCUACUUCUUGUACGGUUUGACGUGCAACCUGUUGGGGGUAAAUGGGUCGAACCGGAGAAGGACGUCGUUAUGGACAGGGCAUGUCCGCUUCCGAAACGCGAUGUGAGGGUCGAACUAAUUCCCAAGAGCAGUCACAACUGGCAUGUCGUUCUUUCUGGAAGCCAUGGUGGCAUCAACAUUGUGGCCGAGGAUAUUCGGGAGAGCGAGAAUUAA